AAAUGGACGCACAGCCUUUGGAUGCUACUGACUCUGAAGUAGCCCUUCCUGAUGAAAACCAGAUGAAGAAGAUAUGACGAUUUAUAAAGACACUUAAAAUGGACGAACUGCAAGAAUAUCUCAAUGAGAAUAAGAUCGGACUGACCAAUGCAGUGGUGAAGAAAAAUGAACAACCUUUAAUAUUUUACUGAUUUGAAAUGAACGAUGAAGAUAGCUGAUUUAAUGCUUUAAAAUCUCUAGUUGAGAGUUUUAAGCUUGACCCUUCUGUGAUUGAUAAAAUUGAGCAAACUAUUCUUUUCUAUGCUGCAAGGGAAGGUUAUGACAAUGUUAUCGACUGGCUGGUCAAUGAUCAUCAUCUAGAAGUUGAUAAGAAAGAUAUGUAUGUGCAAACUCCUCUUUAUUAUGCUUGAGCAAAAGGAAGAGAAAACACGUUAUUGAAGCUGAUAGAUAUGGGAGCUGACUGAUCUUCCUUGGACCUUGAAAAUCAGACUGCCCUCUUCUUCGCUGCAAGGAAUGGUCAUACUGAAAUCUGAAACAUAUUGUUAACCAAUAAUUGCCCUGUUAAUCAAAAAGAUAAGAAAGGAAAAGGGGCAAUAGAGAUCGCAUGAAAAUUUAAACGAACGAAAACUGUUGAAUUUCUGAAGGAAAAAGGUGCAGAUAUUCCACAGACGUGGGUAAAUUCACAACCGAAGGCGGUGCAAAAGAAUAAGGCAAAGAGAAAACCCAAAAGUGUUUUUAAAGUAUACAGACUUUGAAAAAUAACUAAAGGAGAUGAAAAAUUGGUAACUCAAGAAGAAUUUGAGAACGAUUUUGCUCAAAAAUUUCCUGUUCUUUAUAAAUGACUGGUUAAUAAUAAAUUAGAAGAGUUUAAGAAGAAUAUUAAAAUUGCUCCAUUGCCACCUUCCCCAGUGUUCUCUAGCUGGAAGAAGCUUGCUAUCCGAAUAGUAAAGAAUUUAAAAGAUUCAGAAGGAGGAUGGAUGUUUAAAGAUCCAGUUGACAUUAAGAAAGAUCUUUGUCCAGAUUAUUAUCAAGUUAUAAAGAAGCCAAUGGAUUUAUCAACGGUUUUAAAGAAGAUUAAAUAACAACGACUAUGAACAAAUGCAAGAGUACUUAGAUGAUCUUCGACUUAUUUUUAAUAACUGAAUUCUGUACAAUGGGGAUGGAAGCACAUAUGGAAUUGCUGCAAAUAGUAUGCUCACCAAGCUUGAUUGACUUAUGGACAAAUAUGGAGCUAAAUAUUAUAUGUAA